AUGACUGAGGAAAUCGAGGCUCAUGUUCUUAAGAAGUAUGAAAUACUUCAAAAACUAGGAAAAGGAGCAUAUGGUAUUGUAUGGAAGGCUAUUGAUAAGAAAACGAAGGAAAUUGUGGCACUAAAAAAGAACUUUGAUGCUUUUCAAAAUGCUACUGACGCUCAAAGGACUUUCAGAGAAAUCAUAUUCUUAUAGGAACUGAAUGGCCAUGAAAACAUCAUCAGACUUCAAAAUGUAGUUAGAGCUGAAAAUGACAGAGAUAUUUAUCUGGUAUUUGACUUCAUGGACACAGACUUGCAUGCAGUUAUCAGAGCUAACAUAUUAGAAGAUAUUCACAAAUAGUAUAUCAUCUAUUAGGUGCUUAAGUGUCUCAAAUACAUGCAUUCAUGCCAGUUACUUCAUCGUGAUCUCAAGCCUAGCAACCUACUACUAAAUUCAGAGUGCCAUGUAAAAGUUGCUGAUUUUGGUUUGGCAAGGUCUCUUGAUGUAAAAGACCCUGACACAAUUCCACUUUUAACUGACUAUGUAGCCACAAGGUGGUAUAGAGCUCCUGAGAUUUUAUUAGGAUCAAAUAAAUACACUAAGGGGGUAGAUAUGUGGAGUAUGGGCUGCAUUUUGGCUGAGCUAUUGCUUGGUAAACCAGUAUUUCCAGGUACUAGCACUCUAAAUUAGCUUGAUAGAGUGAUGGAGUUGAUUGGAAGGCCAACUGCAGAUGAUAUUGAAGCUGUUGAUUGUCCGCUAGCAAUGACUAUGCUCGAGUCCCUUCCACCAACCAAGCCUAAGAGACUUAGAGAUGUUUUUCCAGCUGCUUCGGAUGAUGCUAUUGACUUGCUGAAGAAUUUAUUGCAUUUCAAUCCUAGCAAAAGGCUUUCAGCUGAGUAGGCUUUGAAACAUCCCUACGUCGCUCAGUUCCACAAUCCUGAUGAUGAACCAAACUGUACCAGGAAAAUUAACAUUCCAAUAGAUGAUAACCAGAAAUUCUCAAUCAGAGAAUACAGAAACAAGCUCUAUGCUGAUAUCCACAAAAGAAAGAAGGAACUUAGAAAGAAGAUACUCUAGUCUCAUCACAACUAUUACUAUCAAAACAACAAGUGA